AUGGCAGAUGCAGCAAUGAGUCUUGCUAUUGACAAGUUGGUUCAUUUGCUAACUCACAAAGUGAAACUACUGAAAGGAGUCCAUAAAAAAGUUGCUUGUAUCAAAGACGAUCUGGAAAUCAUCAGGGCUUUCCUAAAAGAUGCGGAUUCAAAGGCAGAUAAAGAAGGAAUCAGUGAAGGUGUGAAAGCAUGGGUAAAACAAGUAAGAGAAGUAGCUUACUGCAUUGAAGAUGUCAUUGAUACGUACAUGGUUGAAGCCUGUGCGGCACAACAUCGUGAUCAACAACGUGGAUUAAUGGGCUCCAUCCUGUAUAGCAUCUGUUCCUUGGUUAGCAAAUUGAAACCGCGUCAUGAGAUGGUAUCAGGGAUUCAAGAUAUCAUAGCAAGACUUCAAGAAAUGAAAGAUAGAAGUGAAAGAUUCCGGUUCAUUUCUUCAGAGCAUGUCACGUCAAGUUGCAAUGCGACAACAGUCUUAUUGCAUGAUCCCCGAGAAGAAUCUCUUUUCAUUGAAGAAGGGAAGACCACUCUGGCUAAGAAGGUGUAUGACAAUCACAAAGUGAAGAAGCACUUUGGAUGUCAGAAUAUCUACUAUCUCAUUGUAUUUGACAAUGAAUGGGAAAUUGGCUUCUGGGGAGAUGUGGAGCAUGCUUUGUUCAACAAUGAUAACGGAAUUCAUGUCUAUCAGAUGGAACCUCUGCCUCAACAAGAGGCACGGGAACUCUUUUGCAAGAAGGCAUUCAAGUUUGACUUUCAAGGGAAAUGUCCUAAAGAUUUGGAGGCAUUAUCUCAUAACAUUGUUAGAAGGUGUGGAGGAUUGCGAUUAGCAAUUGUGGCUGUUGGUGGACUUCUAGCAACCAAGGAAAAGGUGGUUCUCGAAUGGAAAAGGUUGCUUGAUAACCUCGGUUCAGCACUGGUUUGUGAUCCGCAUGUUGAGAAUGUCACAAAAAUUCUCUUCCUUAGUUACAAUGAUCUGCCUUACCACCUCAAAUCUUGUUUCUUAUACUUCGGCAUAGCACGGCGACUCUCCAUAAGCAAACAAGUGAUUAGUAACAUUUCGAGGAGAGCAGCACCACCAAGUCUCAAACUCGCUCACAUCUUUCAAGCUUUGCCCAGUUUAAAAUCUCUUGGGCUCUUUUGUGGAUACGAUGAAGAGGAAGUGCAUUUUGAAGGAGGGUUUCUUAAGCUCAAGUGGCUUUCUCUUUCUGGAUUGAAUUCCAUUAUAAUAGAAAAAGGAGCUUUGCCCCUUCUUCAAGAGCUAGCUAUAGGAGCUUGCCCGCAACAGAGACAGGUGCCUUCAGCAAUCCAACACUUGAAAAACCUCAAAGAAUUGUCAUUUGCAGGGAUGCCAGAUGACUCCACCCAAAGAUUGCCAUGCAAUGGAGGGGAAAGACUACUGGAUGGUCAAGAAUGUACCAUGUCUCCAAUACGACGGGAUUUAUGA